GGAAGGCCCAAGAAAAGCCCAAAUGAAGAAAAUGGGGGAAAGAGGAUUGUCUGUGCUUGUGAUGACAGUGAAGUCGACUGAGGCUGAGCUGAGCUCAGAGCGGUGGUUGGCAAUGGCGGAGGACUUGGUCAGAGCAUGGAGGACGGCCUUUCUCAGUCUUCGGGACGAAAUCCUAACCACUCCGCCGCCUACUCCUCAUCUUCUCCACCAACUCCUUUUCUCACAUUCUCAAACUCUAAUCUCCGCUGCUCCCGACCUUCCUCUUCACGAGCUCAUCUCCGAUUUGCUCUUUCUAAUGGAGCUUCUUUCUACUUCUCACAAUCACUCUGCCUUCCCUCAAUUCUCACGCCUUAUCCACGACAUAUGCCAUCGCGUUCCUCUCCAGCUCAACUCAUCGUCCUGGACUCAGUUUCUUCAAUCUCUCCAAAUCUUAAUCCACUUUUUCAUCACCACUCCACCUGAGUCUGCUACUGAGUCUCUUCUCCAAUGCUUCGCCACGUUAAGGUGUCUCUUGAAAGGAUACCGGAGAAAAAUGUCAUCUUCAGAUGAUAUUCAAUUGGUAAAAUUCUUGGUUGGCAUAAUUGCAGUCUCUCAUUCAGAGUUGACAGCUAAGAGGAUGAUCAUCAACCAGUCUGAGACAUCCUUGUGGGAAGUUCAGACCUUUGCCUUCACCAUGCUUGAGGAAGCCAUCUCCAGACUUGGAUCAUCAUUUUCUGCUCAUCUAUGGAUAUCAACCAUUGAGGUGUUUAGGAAAAUGAUGGAUGUUUUGGCAUCUAAGACCACGCUUUUGGAAGAUAGUGUCAAGUCCAGGUAUUAUGCAGCUCUUUUGCAUUGCCUGCAUUUGGUUCUUAUGGAUCCUAAGGGUUCCCUUUCUGACCAUGUGUCGAGUUUUGUGGCUGCAUUGCGAAUGUUCUUUACUUAUGGGCUCAAUGGUAAACCCCAAUUUACAAUUCCAGUUGAUGGUCACAAGGAGAAGGAACUUAGCAUAACAGAAUUCAAGUCACCGUUGGAAGAACCUAAAAGAACAGAUCGUGCUCCAUAUAGGCCUCCACACUUGCGUAAAAAGGACAUUUCAGCUUGGAGUUCUCCUAGUUUCUCAGAUCAUGAAUCUUCUAGACAAGACUUUACAUCUGAUGAUUCAGACUUCAGCGAUAGCGAUGCAUCAGUUAAAGACGCUGACAGUGCUCUGAAACUAAGGGUUAGAAUAGCAGCAUUGGAUUGCAUCAAGGAUCUUUGUCAAGCUGAUUCUAAAUCCUUUACUACUCAAUGGACAUUGCUCUUGCCAACCUGUGAUGUAUUGCAACCAAGGAAGUUUGAGGCGAGUUUGAUGACAUGCUUGCUAUUUGACCCUUAUUUGAAGGCACGGAUUGCAUCUGCCUCUACUCUGGCAGUCAUGUUGGACGGACCUUCUUCAGUCUUUUUGCAGGUAGCAGAAUUCAAGGAACCUUCAAAAUCUGGAUCUUUCACAGCACUUUCAAUUUCCUUAGGGCAUAUCUUGAUGCAGCUGCAUACAGGUAUUCUUUACUUGAUUCCACGGGAAAACCAUGGUAGAUUGCUGGUGUCCUUGUUCAAAAUUCUCAUGCUUUUGAUAUCAUCCACACCAUAUUCAAGAAUGUCUGCGGAGCUGUUGCCAACAGUUAUAACAUCUAUACAGAAAAGGAUUGAAGUUGGUUUCCCUUUCAGAAAUGAUCAGACAGGUCUACUGACUGCUUCUUUUAGUUGUUUGACAGCAGCUUUCACUAUCUCACCGUCCUCAAAGCAAGUUAAAGAAGUGCUUCUUAAAGAAAUGAAUGAAGGUUUCAUUGAGGCUGAAAAGAAGCCAGGUGUUCUUUUUACUUUGUUUUAUUACUUGGAAAAAGUAAACAAUCACACAGUAUGCUUAGAGGCUCUCCAGACUCUUAGGGCUGUUUCACACAAUUAUCCAGUCAUUAUGUUUUCCCGUUGGGAGCAAGUUUCCACUAUGGUUUAUGGAUUUUUGAGGGCUGCAACACCUGAAGCUAACACAAGACCAUGGAAGGCACACGUUGGCAAUACUAUGGGACCUUUUGGUGAAAAGAUUAUUAUAGCAGCUAUAAAGGUUCUGGAUGAAUGUCUUCGUGCAAUAUCAGGGUUUAAAGGAACUGAGGAUCUUUUAGAAGAUAAAUUACUGGAAACCCCCUUUACUUCUGACAACAUAAGGAUGAAGAAAGUUUCAUCAGCUCCAUUGUAUGAACAAGAGAUCUCAGAAGGUAGUAAUGAAUAUAAUGCUGGUCAGUCAGGAAUUCUGCUAUGGUGCGAGGCACUCGAGAAGCAUUUUCCUUUAAUUCUGCGACAUGCUUCUGCAAUGGUGAGAGCCGCAUCAGUCACAUGUUUUGCGGGCAUAACUUCCUCUGUAUUCUUCUCUCUUACGAAGGAGAAACAGGAUUUCAUUCUUUCUGCUGCGAUUUAUGCAGCCAAACAAGACGAGGUGCCUUCGGUUAGAUCAGCUUCUUGUCGAGCCAUUGGUGUCAUUUCAUGUAUUCCUCAAGUUUUCCAGAGUGCAGAGAUCCUAAACAAGUUGAUCCACGCAGUGGAGAUUAAUACCCGUGACCCCUCAAUCUCGGUGCGAAUUACUGCUUCCUGGGCUUUGGCGAACAUAUGUGAUUCUAUCCGGCACUGUAUCGAUACUCUUGCUUUGGAAGGCUCCACCGAUUAUACUGCAGUUUCUGAAUCAGUGGCAUUACUAACUGAUUGUGCUUUACGACUAUCAAAUGAUGGAGACAAGAUAAAAUCAAAUGCCGUGAGGGCUCUGGGAAAUCUUUCAAGAUUUAUCAGAUGUAGAAGUCAACAUGGUUUUCAUGGAAAAAUAACAGAUAAAACCACCUUAUCUCCGAAGACCAGGGGCUCUAUGGAUUUACCGUCAACUAGUGAUUGUAGAGAUAGUAAUCAAGGUGCAUCAAUUUCAUACCAUCCAGCUUCUUUUGGUGAUUCACGCUGGUUUGAGAGAACAGUGCAGGCAUUUAUUUCUUGCGUUACAACUGGGAAUGUUAAGGUUCAGUGGAAUGUUUGUCAUGCGUUGAGCAAUCUAUUUCUAAACGAGACAUUAAGAUUGCAAGAAAUGGAUUGGGCUUCAUCAGUCUUCAGUAUUCUUCUACUAUUAUUACGUGAUUCUUCUAAUUUUAAGAUCAAGAUACAAGCGGCUGUGGCAUUGGCUGUGCCGUCAUCUGUACUUGCUUAUGGAAAUUCCUUCUCCGAUAUUGUUAAGGGCCUGGUUCAUUUAAUGGAAAAUCUAGGUUCAAACCAGAUUUCAGCACCAUCGAGUUUCAAGUAUCGGGUUGCACUUGAAAACCAGUUGACCUCAACUUUGUUGCAUAUUCUUAGCCUUGCUUCGAGAAGUGAGCACGAGCCUUUGAAAGAUUUUCUUGUAAAAAAAGCUUCAUUUGUUGAGGAGUGGUUAAAGGGUGUUUGUACAUCAUCAUCAUCGACGUCGUCAUCAAGUAGUGAAGCUUCUUUGGUUGGAAACCAGAAGAAAGAGAUGAUAUGCAAAGCAAUUGGGUCAUUAAUUGAGUUGUUCCAAGGUAUAAACCAGUAUGCAAUUGCCCACAAAUUUCAAAACUUAUUGGACAACAACAUCCUAAUCCAAUAAUUUUUUCUAAAUCCUAAUUAAUUAUUUCUUUGGGGAUUUUUGUGUAUAAUAUACAGUACAGAUUAUUAUUAGGUCAAAAAGUUUUGUUUUCUUUUGUUGUCAUAUUUUGUUUAUUAUUGUAACACAGUAAUACAGUAGUAGUAAAGAAAUUUUUAUCUUUUUUUUUUUUAAUGUGUAUGAAUAAAAAUGUAUAAUUGAAUGAGUUAAAAUGAUUAAGAAUGUGUCAAUAGAAUCAAA